UUCAGUUCUAUUGGCAGGCUUGUCAAAGACAGCUUGCUUCCCAGACGUGGCUUUAUGAAGUGGAAAACAUAGAGAAGAGCAGGUGCUGCAAGAUCACACUUGGAAAGUGUACCUGAGACAAAAAAAAAAAAAAAAAAGAGGAAAUUAACCUAUAUCCAUCCCAACUAUAAGACUUAGAAACAGACAUCGGGACCAAUUAUCAAAAGCAACAUGACAAAAGCUGAGAAGCAAGGUGCAGGGGACAAAUUCUGCUGCAUUUCCAAGCUGAAGGUGUUUCUGCUGGCACUAGUACUUGCAUAUGUUGGUAAAACGAUGUCUGGUGCUUACAUGAACAGCUUGUUUACACAGCUAGAGAGACAAUUUAAUAUUCCAGCUUCCUUACUGGGAAUUAUGAAUGGAAGCUUUGAAAUUGGCAACUUGCUGCUGAUAGCAUUUGUGAGUUACUUUGGAGCAAAACUUCACAGACCCAGAAUAAUUGCUUUGGGGUGCACAACUAUGUCGUUUGGAUGUCUUUUAAUAUCAAUUCCUCAUUUCCUCUUUGGAAGGUAUCAUAUUGAAAGCAGCAUUUCACAACAGGAGAAUUUUUCAGUCAUGCCUCUGUGCCUUGUCAAUCACAGUUUGUUCUCUUUACCUACAGAGGAACCAUCAACAGACUGUGAAAAAAAGCCGGGGUCCUUGCUGUGGAUAUUUGUGAUGGUUGGAAACAUAGUACGUGGAAUGGGUGAAACUCCCAUUAUGCCUUUAGGAAUUUCAUAUUUGGAGGACUUUGCCAAAGCAGAGAAUUCACCUUUCUAUCUGGGAUGUCUACAUACAGCAACGGUAGUCGGCCCCUUCCUUGGUUUGUUGUUGGCAUCAUUCUGUGCAGAACUGUUUGUUGAUCUGGGAUCGGUAGAUGCAGAGGAUAUAACUAUAACAUCUACUGAUGCCCGCUGGGUUGGAGCUUGGUGGCUGGGCAUGUUGAUUUGUGCAUCACUGAAUCUUCUCGCGGGAAUACCUUUUUGGUUUUUGCCGAGGUCACUUUUGAAGGAAGGAGAAACCAAUGAAUCUGUGGAGACGAGUAAAAAAAGUGUAGUACCAUUGCAAGAAAAUGAUAAAAAUGAAGCCAAACAGACCGUGUAUGAAAUCGCUAAAGAUUUCAUCCCCUUCCUCAAGGCUCUGCUUUGCAACCCAGUUUAUAUGUUAUUUAUAUGCGUAACUGUGAUACAGUUCAAUGCCUUCAAUGCCAUGUUUUCGUUCAUGCCCAAAUACGUGGAACAGCAGUUUGGCAAAUCUGCAUCAGAUGCCAUCUUUUUGAUUGGUGUUUACAACUUACCAGUUGUAUGCGUUGGGUAUUUUUUUGGAGGCUUAUUCAUGAAGAAAUUCAAGAUAAAUAUCUAUCAGGCUGCGAAGAUAGCAUUUUGGGUAUCUUUACUGGAAUACCUUCUCUACUUUGGUACCUAUUGGACUAUCUGUGAUACUUCACCAGUUGCUGGCCUAACAACUUCCUAUGAAGGAAUAGAACAAGUUUCAUACGCAGAAAGUACUCUACUUGCUGACUGCAACAGGGAUUGUGAUUGCCCAUUUAAAAUAUGGGACCCUGUCUGUGGGAACAACGGAAUCACUUAUGUGUCACCUUGUCUUGCUGGGUGUAAAUCCUCAAGAGGAGCUGGAAAAAAUAUGGUAUUUGAAAACUGCACCUGCGUUGCAGCCUCAGGGUUUUCAUCUCAAAAUAUCUCUGCAACUCUGGGCCGGUGUGAUGGAGAAGAAAACUGUGAGAAGAUGCUUCAUUAUUUCUUAAUAUUGUCAUUAGUCUGCAGCUUCAUUUUUUCCUUAGCAGCAAUGCCUGGGUACAUGGUCUUAAUAAGGUCUCUAAGGCCUGAAGAAAAGUCAUUUGGAGUGGGCAUACAUGGACUAGCUUCGAGAGUACUUGCUGGAAUCCCAUCUCCCAUUUAUUUUGGAGCUUUGAUAGAUACAACUUGCUUAAAGUGGGGUACUAUGACGUGUGGUGGAGAAGGAGCAUGUAGGAUAUAUGACAUUGUCACAUACAGGUGGCUCUAUCUCGGCCUGCCAGCAAUAUUACGUGGAGUGUCCUAUAUCCCAAGUGCAGUAAUUCUCCUUAUUUUAAGGAAGAAACUUAAAUCUGAAACCCAAGUCUUAUUGAAUGCACCAGUAGAAAUGCAGGAUAAAGAACAAGAAGCAUUGAAAUAAUAUUUCAAAGCAAGACAUAUUGUGAAAAAGCCUUGCAGUGUAAAAUACUUGUGAAAUAUUUCACACUUUGAUUAGUGAACUUGAACAGAGAUUAAUAGAAUUACACGUAGUUGUAUCCUAAUUAUAAAAGUAUCAGUUUAUAAACAGAAGGUACUGUAAAAAUGUGUUUGGUGCAAAAGAACAAGGAGUGGAAAUAAGAAAACUUACAAAAUGCUAGGUUUGAGCUGGAUGAGCAAAGGACUGUGAAAUAGAACAUUAUGUUUUCAGUCCUGGUUUCACUGAACAUAGUGGGAGUUUUGCAACUGACUCCAGAGAUGCCAGAUUUCGUCUUGGAAUUCUACAAUGGCUACUGCCAGAGCCUCUUUCAUUGGCAAGAUUUGUACCUUCUUUGGGCCUGAGUUUUCCUUAAAUUUAAUUAUGCUGUUUUAGUCCUUUCAGGCAGGGACUGUUUGUUACUCUGCAUAAUGUAGGUGGUUAAUAUAUUGGGAACAUGGCUUAUGGCAUGGUUUGGUGCUGUGGUAGCAAUAACAAAUAAAAAAAGGAAAAGUUAACCUUUUUUAAACUGUGGUGUUAGGUGAUGUUUUAGGUUUGCAUAGAGCGUGGACAAGGAAACAUUCUCAGGAUUUGUUACUUCAGUUGCAUUCACUGAAGAAGGGAAUAACUCAUGCAUUAAGGGUGGUAGAACGCUACUUGUGAGUAUUUUGCCCAUCAUGUUGCUGUCUGCUAAAUCCUGUACUUCCUCAUGUCCUAUAUGACACAAACUUACUCCCAUUUUACCAACCAGGGACCUUCUGUAGCCACCAAAAAAUGGGAAGGAUAUUUCCCCAAAGUAGUUCUAUUCCGGUUUGCUUUAAGAUGUCUUAUUAACAUUGUAUGUGUACGUGCUUGGAAUUGCUCCCUGCCCUUGUGGAAUCAAUGGCAAAAUCAAUUUCUCCCCAUAGAGCAGGAAAUCAGAAUUUAAAGAUUGUUCAAAUACAAGAGUUCCUUACAAUGAACUCUUUUAAAAAGACUUCAUAGCCCCUUCCUCCCUUUGCAUUGGGUGAUGGAGCUGAACAGGUAUAACAUGAGGAAGGGGAACAGAAAAAAAGACAAGUGUGAUGCAGUCUGUAACAGCGGAACAGAGAGUGCAGUUCUCUCUUCAGCUUCAGCAGCUCAGAAGCUUCAUGAACAUUCGAAGCACAGUUAAUUUUCAGCAUUGUUCUUGCUACCAUGAGGCACUUACUGAAAGUCAUCAUUCUUUCUUGUGGAUAUUAUAUUCCUCCAAAGCUAGAGUUAAAAAUCUUUUCAGGCAUUUAGUCACAGUUUGGUGCCAAGGUAACCUGGGAAACAUGAAAAGUUACAGUGCACUGAAGUUUCACAGCUGUAGGAAACAAAAGGGCUUUGUUAGGUAGGCAAAUCUGUGCCAUUUAAAUGGACAACCGCCAAAGAGUCAAGCCUUGUUAACUCACUGUGUUUUGAAACGGAAGGAAUCAAAUAGGAAAGUUUCCAAAUUUUAAAUUUAGUCAUUUAGUAGAUACAUUAACUUUCUUUUUAGUCAUUCCAGUUUACCUGCUUAAGAAUGUAAUAGUGAAAUAGGCCACCUUCACGAGAUGCUUUGAAGUCAUUACCUUGCUACUCAGAUUGUUUAUCAACUUGGAUGGAGUUGGCUGGGUGAUGGCAUGGUAGAGAAGCUUCUUGCAUAAGCUUGUGGUGGGAACAUUACUUUCCCAGAGGAAAACCAGGAAACAGAGUGUGCAGUUCAUUCCAAUGUAAUCAACAUAAAUCCUUUAUAAUAUUCCAUGUCUGGUACCACAGACUAGCAUUAGGUUGGGAGGUCAGAAAAAUACUGUGAAAAAUACUGUUAGGAAAAUGUAGACCUAUUCCUUCAAAUGUAAAGCCAAACUGUAGACUUGAUUCUUCCAAGUUUUGAGUAUCCUGAUCUUGAUUCAGCAAAGCAUUUAAGCAUGCACUUACCUUAAAAAUGAGUGGCCUUAUUGAUGUGUAUUUUUAAAGUAGGUGGUGUCGGACAUUUCAAGACUUAGCCCCAAACUGAUACUCAUUUGAGAAGAGGCUACUUGCUGUGGGUUACAGUAGGUAUUCACAUGAUAUUCACUGUGCUUGAAACCUGGGUCUCAUCCUAACCUGAUGUUCCAAACAUCAAGACUUGCAUCAGCGCUGUGGCUAGCACAAGCCACAAAUCAGAAUAAUGGCAACGGAAGUAACAGCAGAUGUAAUGUGUUUUUUAAACCAUGUGAGUAUUUGGGUUAAGUCUAAUGUCAAAUUAAUAAAAAUGAGUGCCUGAAAUCUGAGCAGAUGGCUUUCACAGGACAAUCCACCAUUUGUCAUUGUCACUGAAGUUUCAACUCAGUAAAGGCUGCCCAUGAGUUGAAUUUUAAUCCUUAAACCUACUAAGUGGAAGGCUAAGUGCUGGUGCCUGGAUAUGGAUGCUACCAGCCACUGAGAAACAAACGCUUGAUGUUUCAAUGUGACCAAUGUAACCACCUUGGAGAUAUUUUAAAGACAAUGGUACACAAACCAUGCAUAAAUGUAUUUUGACAUGUAUUUAUGUAGCAUUUUGUACUCAAUGCCUUACGUAAUGAUCCCUGAUGGUUCACUGGGUUUUUUUGACCAUGAUCAGGUGCUGAGCCAUCAUUUUCAAAGAAACAACAACAAAGUCUUCAGUAUUUUACUGAAAAAUGUCAAUGCAUUAUAGAAAGCACAUAUUUGCGCAUAUGCAGGCUAUGUUUGGGGUUUUUUUUCUCUAUUUGCAUUAUUUUCUUUGUAUCAACUUUUAAUUUUAUCAGCUGCUUUAUUGCCAAAUCUCUUAGUAUUUUACAAGUCAUUAUUAACAAUUUUAUAUGUAUCCUAAAAAAUACUGUGUCUGGUAUAAACUUCAUUGUCUUCCUGCUGCUUCUAAGAAUUGAAACCUAUUCUUCUUGCACAAUUAAAAAUUUCUGAUUAUUAUUCAA